AUGUCAUCUCACCUCAAAACACCUAAAGUGAGACAGAGACGGACUUCGUCCGUUGGUGCAAUCAACCUUGGUGAUACCACUGUUCCAGGGCUGUCAACUAUGAAAGAAAGUAAGGAGUCUAAGAGCGCCGCACAGGCCAGGAUGAGAGCGUUAUCUGAGGCUUCUAAGGGUGACGGUGACCUACUGAGAAAGUUCGUGCUCACUUACAGGGAAAUGAGUUACCGUCACACAUGGUUAACUGCAUUUCUCAUUUUGGUUGUUGUUUAUGGGGCUUAUUUCACUUCAGGCAAUAGAACGGCAUCCAAUCCUCUGCAUAUGUUUGUUGCUGUAUCAUAUCAGGUUGGUGACACCGAAAUGUAUGGGAAGGGUAUAAAAGACUUGUACUUCGUCUUCUUUUACAUGAUUUUCUUCACUUUUUUACGUGAAUUCCUUAUGGCCGUAGUUCUCCGCCCACUGACAAUUAAGCUUGGGAUAACAAGCCAGCAUAAAAUCAAAAGAAUGAUGGAGCAGACGUAUUCUAUUGUGUACUAUGGAAUUUCUGGCCCUUUUGGAUUAUACAUAAUGUACCACACUGAUCUAUGGUUGUUCGCCACUGCUCCAAUGUACCAGACUUAUCCAGACCUCACAAAUCCGUUUCUUUUCAAAGUUUUCUAUCUGGGACAGGCUGCGUUUUGGACUCAACAAGCCUGUGUGUUAGUUUUGCAGCUCGAGAAACCAAGGAAGGAUUUCAAGGAGCUGGUUUUUCAUCAUAUUAUAACACUUGCACUCAUUUGGCUUUCUUAUGCCUUCCACUUUACCAAAAUAGGCUUAGCAGUGUACAUCACGAUGGAUGUCUCUGACUUCUUUCUAUCAUUAUCAAAGACUCUCAAUUACCUAGAUUCGUUUUUGACGCCCCCAUUUUUCAUGCUUUUUGUCAUUUCAUGGAUUUACUUGCGUCAUUAUGUUAAUAUUAAGAUCCUAUGGUCCGUGCUCACGGAAUUUCGCACGGUGGGUAACUUCACUCUUGAUUUUGCCAAUCAGCAAUACAAGUGCUGGAUUUCACAACCGAUUGUUUUUGUUUUAAUCAUGGCUUUACAGUUAGUAAACUUGUAUUGGCUAUUUUUAAUUCUACGAAUUCUUUAUCGUCUGGUUGUCUUGGGUAUUCAAAAGGAUGAGAGAAGCGACAGCGAAUCAGAGGAAGAUGAAGAUCAGGAAGAUCAGGUCAAAACAGAAGCCAAUACCAAGAAGACAAUGUAG